UGUGUGUGAGUUGUGUGUGAGUUGUGUGUGAGCUGUGUGUGUGUGUGUGUGUGUGUGUCGGAGCUGAGCGCCUUUUAAACAAUCUGUCAUCACUUCAUCUGCUGUGAGAAGAACAUUUAGUUUCCUCUGAUCGACACCAAACUGAGGAGGAGGAGGAGGAGGAGGAGGAGCUCAUCAGUGUGACGAGACACCUCUGACUUCAGGACGUCCGUCUGGAAUCUGUAACCACUGAAGAAGAAGAAUGAGUUCUCCAAAAAAGAAACAGAGAGUUGGAAAUAAAACCAGAUCUUACAGCUGUGACCAGUGUUUGAAAACGUUCCCUACGUCACAGCGAUUAAAGAGUCACCAGAGAGUUCACAGUGGAGAGAGACCAUACAGCUGUGACCAGUGUGAGAAAGCUUUCACCACUGCAGCACUCCUAAAACAACACCAGCGUAUCCACUCUGAAGAGAAACCGUACAGCUGUGACCAGUGUGAGAAAAAGUUUUACACGAUAUACAGUUUGAAGAGUCAUGAGAGAGUUCACUCUGGAGAGAGACCAUACAGCUGUGACCAGUGUGAGAAGGCUUUUACAGCUCUCCAUCAUUUAAAACAACACCAGGCCUUCACACACUCUGAAGAGAGACCACACAGCUGUGACCAGUGUGAGAAAACAUACAAAACAGUCGGAACUCUUCAUGUUCAUCAGAAAGUUCACACUGGAGAGAAACCAUUUCAGUGUCAGGAGUGUGGCCACAAAUUCGCUGGGAAGGCACGACUACAGCUUCAUCAUCAAAGAUAUCACAGUGAAGAGAGACCCCACCACUGUCAGCAGUGUGACAAAGGCUUCAUCACAGCAGGGGAGCUAAAGAUUCAUCAGAGAGUUCACACUGGAGAGAAACCAUACAGCUGUGAGCAGUGUGGGAAACGUUUUUCAAGUCCAAGUAACUAUAGAACUCACCAACGCACUCACAGUGGAGAGAAACCCUUCACCUGUGACAAAUGUGGGAAAGCCUUCUCUCGGUUAUGUCACCUCAAAGCACACAGUGUCACACACUCCGGAGAGAAACCACACCACUGUGAUGAAUGUGGCAAAACUUUCACUCGAUCAGAAACUCUUAAAAUACACCUACGUAUUCACACUGGUGAGAAACCGUACCACUGCAGACACUGUGAGAAAAGUUUCAUUUCUGUAACAGACCGCAGGGUCCAUGAACGGAUCCACACUGGACUGAAACCAUACAGCUGUGAUGAGUGUGGGAAGAGAUUCACUCAGCUGUGUGCUUACAACAAUCACAGAAACAUACACACUAAAGAGAAAAGCUACCCUUGUCUGCAGUGUGGGAAGGUCUUCAGGUCCGCUAGUUCCCUACUGUCUCAUGAGCGUGUCCACUCUGGAGAGAAACCCUUUAAGUGCAAACACUGUGAGAAAACAUUCCCAACAUCACAACAGUGCUCAAGACAUGAGCAUGUCCACACUGGAGCAAAACCAUACAGCUGUAAGCAAUGUGGGCAAAGUUUUAGAAGUUCAUCUUCACGGUUCAAACACAAGCUCAUGCACGCUGGAGUCAAACCACAUCAGUGUGAGCACUGUGACAAACGUUUCUAUACAGCAAACAGACUUAGAGAACAUGAGCGUGUCCACACUGGACACAAACCCUACUGUUGUGUCAAAUGUAAGAAAAGCUUCACCUGGUCAGGUCAGCUGAAGACACACAAGUGUGUCUGAAUGAGAAACCAGACCUGGACCCUCGUGAUUCAUCAGAGCACGCUGCUGUGUGCAUAUAGUGAGUCGUGGGAGGAAAUGAUGAAAAAAGAUAAAAAUAGAAAUGGAGUUGCUUCUGAGGAUAAGUUCAUCCGAGUCACCAGCCUCAGAAAUGGCAAGUUAACAGCAGCUCAGAUCAGAGACCAGAUGAA